CAGCGUCGGAAAACAUAUAUCACUUCAUUCCAAAUCAAAAGGCCAAAGUCAAAAGGCUGAAGUCCAACAGCGAAAGUGACGAGAUACCGUGAGCACCACAUGCGUUCCUUUUUGUGACUGACGUGUGGCUGCAGCUUUCUAUUGGUGGGAAAAGAGAGUCCACAGUCCAAAUCCAGAGCUUAACAUGAAGCCAUUAACAACUCCAUAGAAGUUAAAUAUUACUGAUUAUGACAGUCAGCAGCAGCGUACAUAAAGAACAGAAACCAGAGUAAUACCAGUAACAGCUGGAUGAUGAGUGCUACUCAAUCAACACUGGAGUCCAAACUGGAGGCCCUGCAGUGCCACUUCACCUGGGAUCUGGACCCCAGCAGGUCCAGACUCUUCCGUCUCAGGGACCAGCUGGAGGACAUCGGCACCGAGGAGGGUUACUGUUGGCUGGGUCACACUUACAACCUGCAAGGUUACAUCCACUACCUGCUGGGAUUCACCGAAGAGGCCCUGCGUUUCUUCAGCAGGGCUGCAGAGGCCUUCCGCCAGAUGAGAAACACCGUCUCAGAAGAGGGUCCCUGGUUAGUGGUGAACUACGGGAACCUGGCUUGGCUGCACCACCACCUGGGAGAACAAGCAGAGAGUCAGGCUUACCUGUCAAAGGUCGACGCCCUGAUGAAUAAAUACCCAUCUCCAUCCCAGGACGAGCUCCAUCCAGAGAUCUACGCUGAGAAAGCCUGGACCCUGAUGAAGUUCAGCACAGACAAGAAGCAGCUGGCUGCAGAUUACUUCCAGAGAGCCAUCAGGAUGCAGCCGGACAUGGUGGAGUGGCACACCAGCCAUGUCUUAGCGUUAGUCAGUGCUUUUAAACACUGCAACAAAAAGCUGGAGGCAGAUAUCUUUGAGAAAAUGAAAAUCGCCAAGGAACAUGAUCCAGAGAACUUGUACCUUGCUGCACUUUACCUUGAGGCAUGUGCGAAGAAAGGGAAAAAAAUACAAGAUGAAAUACGUGAGUUAGCCAGAAAGGUUUUAAGAAAGCCUGUCAGCAGCUACAGUGGUAUCAAACCAGUACUGAGGCUGUACAGAAUCUACAUAACUAUGGAUGAGGCCAUUGAUUUGGCAGAGGAGGUUCUGGAAAGACACCCUGACGAACGUUAUCUGAAGAGGUGUGCUGCCAUCUGCUACAAGAAGAAGAUCUUGUUACACAAGUCCAAUCCCCUGGAGAGCAGCAUGAUCAACAGAGCAAUCAGUCUCUAUAGGGAAGUGAUUUCUCUGUACCCACAUUCUUCACUUAAAAGAAAAAUAGUUCUUGCAGACAUGUAUGGAGAGUCGAAUCACCAAGCUGAAGCUGACCAGAUAUAUGAGCAACUGCUAGAAAGUGAUCUGGAUCCCGAAGAGGCACAGAUGCUUUACAACUGUUAUGCAAAAUAUGUACAUUUCAUUCGAAAGGAGAGCUACAAGUCCAUAGAGUAUCACAUGAGGGCAGCGGAGAUACCGUUACAGUCUUCAUAUCGUGAGAACAGCAUCCGAACGCUGCAGAGGAUUAAAGACAGAAACAGAAACCGAAUGUGCGGACAAAUCGAGGAGCUUCUAGCUAACCUGCAAGCUUAAGACGCUGCAAUACAAACGGAACAUGCUGAGCUGUCCAACUGAGUGGACUAUAGUGGAUUUUCUUGUCUGUUUAUUUUGUUUGCAAUUACUGUUUGAAUAAUGUUAUCAAGCUGCCCUCUCAAUUUUAAUCUUAACAAGACUUUUACCAGGUGUUUACUGCUCCGAUGAAUCGUUGUUUCCUUUAGUAUUGGCAGGGAGAAGGGAUUAGUAUUGUGUUGUUUAUAAGGCAUACCUUGGCCAAAUAUUAAUUACAUUUUUAAUUUAUAAUAUAUAUAAAGGGGAUACGAUGGGGGAGGGAGGUGGUUAAACUAAUCCCAGAUAGAAAAAUUGACCAGAUAGCCUCACCCGGCUUAGAAUGAGCUGUGGCCCAAAUAUUAAACAGACCUGGACUAGAGCAAGUUUGCUAUCUGGGAUGUAAGACACAGUUUACAGAGAAACUAAGAACUGAGACAUGGCCUCAAUGAUUACAGUCCCAAAAACACAAUUAUUCACUUAUUUUGGUGAAGCUCGAUCAUAAUUAAUGAAGGAAAUAACUGGGAUUCAUUGAUUUUUCCUGCUGAUAGAAAGCUCUACUUGCUGCUGAGCUAGUUACUUGAGUUAGCCAUGCAGCUAGCUGUCCUGUCAGCUGGCUCAGCUCAGACUUGGAGCCUGAAGCACAGAGGAAGGUGGUGAUCGCAUCUGCAGCACAGGAGAUCUGGACCAGCGGGUGGGAGAGUCAGUUAUUAGGACUGCUAACUGCACAGCUAACUCAGCUAAUUAGCUAACAGAAGCUAAUUUUACAGAAAGGAAUUACAGGGUACAUUUUUGACGUAUAUCCUCAAACUCAAUAGAACACAAAACAUAAAAGACCAAAACAUGAUAAAGGAAUUAAAACAUCAUUACUUCAUCAUUUUAUCAUGAGAGACAUUCAUUUCACAUGUUGUCUUAAUUUUUGUCUUUGUCUUAAAAGGGGCACUAUGAC